AUGCCUCAUUUUCUUAACUGUCUGAAUGGGCUCCCAAAAGUGCUACUCUAUGAAAAAGCAUUAAAUUACCUUAAAUUUUAUUUCCUACAUUCCGGUAUCGUAUCAUUGGUUGCUAAUUCAGGUUCUAAAGGAGUGAUAUCUGGCAAGCUGAGUUCCAAUUUUGUCGAAAGUGUUUGUGAAGAUGAGAUGAUUCACUGUUUCGAGUCUUAUUCGGAUGAUUUCUCGGAAAUCACAGCAUCUUGCCAGACUCCUAACACUGAACAAAAGCUGCUCAACGUCUGCAAUAACUAUCCGACACUGAAUGUGACCGUAUGCUGUUGUGACACCGAUCUUUGUAAUCUGCCCGACUCGGAAAAACCAACACUAAAACCCGUUGUGAACCCGUCCAAAGCUGCUCCCGUAGAACGACUUAGAUCCGGUCCACUGAAGCUCUCAAAAUCGUUGUAG